UUGUACAGAAAAUGAAAUUACAAGAGGAUAAUUCAUUGAUGGAUUGAUAUCUCCACCAAGUUUGUUCUUUUGUUGCUAAGCUUUUACUGAGCAUAACAAACAGUAACUCCAUUGCUGCUCUCUCUCAACUGAUUUUCCGAGGCUGUUGUCGUCUUCCAAACAGAAGUCAGAUUCCGAUUCGCCCUCUCACUCACUCUCAGCUCCGCCUUCCGAUUUGGUAAUUCAGGAUGCAGGCGUCAACGCAUUUAGUCAGAGGGAAUUUCGCCAUUGAGAUUUCAAAAGGGAGAGUAUUCCCUUGCUUUGGUGAAGUUAAGCAACGGAGUUUAACUUUGAAUCGCAAUUUUUGCAUCCGAAGUGGUUCCACCUGCAGCGGUUCAAGAUCAGGUGACGUUUCGAUGGGAGCUGGACUUGUACGUGCCAAAAAUGGUAUCGAAAUCGCAGUUCGCUCUUCGGUCAAAACUCGAUCGAUCAAAGCUCAAGCCUCUGGUGGAGACAUUGAGGAUUUGACACCAUUCAACCCUCAGGCGAAAUCUUCUGGGGCAGUUCUGCCAUUUGUUGGUGUUGCGUGUUUGGGAGCUAUGUUAUUUGGUUACCAUCUAGGGGUGGUAAAUGGUGCUCUUGAGUAUCUAUCUAAGGAUCUGGGGAUUCCUGAAAAUACUGUCAUGCAAGGGUGGAUUGUCAGCACACUCCUUGCUGGUGCCACUGUUGGUUCAUUUACUGGGGGAACGUUGGCAGACAAAUUUGGCAGGACUAAGACUUUUCAAUUAGAUGCUAUUCCACUUAUCAUUGGAGCAUUUCUCACUGCUACAGCCCAGACGGUCCAGACUAUGAUAAUUGGCCGCUUUCUGGCUGGUAUUGGUAUUGGCAUAUCGUCUGCUAUAGUUCCUCUUUACAUAUCUGAGAUCUCGCCAACUGAAAUCCGUGGUGCACUUGGAUCUAUAAAUCAACUUUUUAUAUGUAUUGGGAUUCUUGCAGCAUUAGUGGCUGGAUUACCUUUAGCAGGAAACCCACUGUGGUGGAGAACAAUGUUUGGCGUUGCUAUUGUCCCUGCUAUUUUAUUGGCUGUAGGAAUGGCUUUUUCCCCAGAAAGUCCUCGGUGGCUGUUUCAGCAAGGGAAAAUUCCUGAAGCUGAAAAAGCUAUAAGAACAUUAUAUGGGAAGGAAAGAGUUGCUGAAGUUAUGUAUGAGUUAAGAACUGCAGGUCAGGGCUCUACAGAACAAGAAGCAGGAUGGUUUGAUCUAUUUAGCAGCCGUUACUGGAAAGUUGUGAGUGUUGGAGCUGCACUUUUCUUAUUCCAGCAGUUAGCUGGGAUCAAUGCUGUAGUUUACUAUUCUACAGCUGUGUUUCGUAGUGCUGGAAUUGCAUCUGAUGUUGCAGCAAGUGCUCUCGUUGGGGCAUCAAAUGUCUUUGGCUCAGCUAUUGCAUCCUCUCUGAUGGACAGACAAGGGAGAAAAAGUCUUCUGAUGACAAGUUUUUCUGGAAUGGCUGCUUCAAUGUUGCUACUUUCUUUGUCAUUCACUUGGAAGGUCUUGGCUCCCUAUUCUGGCACACUAGCCGUUGUCGGAACUGUUCUCUACGUUUUAUCCUUUUCACUUGGUGCUGGGCCUGUGCCUGCUCUUCUUCUGCCAGAGAUAUUUGCUUCCAGAAUUAGAGCUAAAGCAGUGGCUUUAUCACUUGGCACGCAUUGGAUCUCCAACUUUGUCAUUGGCCUGUAUUUCUUGAGUGUUGUGAACAAGUUUGGGAUCAGCUCGGUGUACUUGGGAUUCGCUGGUGUGUGCGCUCUUGCUGUCUUGUACAUAGCUGGUAACGUUGUGGAAACAAAGGGGCGAUCAUUGGAAGAAAUAGAGCUUGCUCUGAAUCCGACGACUUAAUUUGUACAAUAUCCAAAGGUAUGCAGAAAUAAUCUCUGAAGCUGGUUAAUGCUCAUCUCAUGAGCAUUCCAUUAUUUUGCAUCUUUUGGUUAAGGCCAGAGAGAGGCAACUAGUUCUAGUGACGUGUACGUAUACCUAUGUUGCUUGAAAUAUGGAAAGAAGAGAUUUUUGGUAGUUUGAACUCUGUUGGUUUAUGAAAUGCAAGAUGUUGCGUAAGAAAA